UUCGAGCCCUCUUGGCCUUCCUCCUCUGCUUGUUUCUGCUCCUGUCUCCCCUGCUCAGGCUUUCCCAGUGAGCGAGGCCGGCGCUUUAUAACAGCAGCCUGGGCGGCUCCACCGGCUGUUUUUUCGGCUCCUCGGGUUUGUGUCUGCAGGUGCCAUCCGCGAAGAUGCAGCUGAAGCCGAUGGAGAUUAACCCCGAGAUGCUGAACAAAGUGUUGGCCAAGCUGGGGGUCGCCGGCCAGUGGCGCUUCGCCGACGUGCUAGGGCUCGAGGAGGAGACUCUGGGCUCAGUGCCAUCCCCUGCCUGCGCCCUGCUGCUCCUGUUUCCCCUCACGGCCCAGCAUGAAAACUUCAGGAAAAAGCAAAUUGAGGAACUGAAGGGACAAGAAGUUAGCCCUAAAGUUUACUUCAUGAAGCAGACCAUCGGAAACUCCUGUGGUACCAUCGGGUUGAUCCACGCAGUGGCCAAUAACCAAGACAAGCUGGAAUUUGAGGAUGGAUCUGUCCUGAAACAGUUUCUGUCUGAAACGGAGAAGCUGUCCCCCGAAGAUAGAGCCAAGUGUUUCGAGAAGAACGAGGCCAUCCAGGCAGCCCAUGACUCCGUGGCCCAGGAGGGCCAGUGUCGGGUAGAUGACAAAGUGAAUUUCCAUUUUAUUCUGUUCAACAACGUGGAUGGCCAUCUGUACGAGCUCGAUGGGCGAAUGCCCUUUCCAGUGAACCAUGGCGCCAGCUCAGAGGACUCUCUGCUGCAGGAUGCUGCCAAGGUCUGCAGAGAAUUCACUGAGCGUGAGCAGGGAGAGGUCCGCUUCUCUGCCGUGGCUCUCUGCAAAGCAGCCUAAGUCUGGGGACAGAGAACCAGCCGCUCCCCCCUUCCCUGGGCAGGUGCGCGCGGCCCGCCGCCCUUGGUUUGCAGCUUUAGCACUUAGAACCACAGCUGUCUUCUUGCGUUCUACAGCCCCAUCCCCUCCACCCCACCCAGGCCACCAGGGGGCUCUGUCACAGCCACACCAGGCUGAGCACUUUCCCUCCUGUGUCUCUCGUACCUUGCUCUCUACGGUCUCUUUGGUUUCUGUCUGUAAGUUACGGCCCUGGAUGUGGUUUGUCUAGUCCUUAAGAGGAAGAAUAAAACUUUCUGCUGCUGAGAGUAUC